CCCCCUUUCCCCGGGCUGACAGAAAAUCCUACCGCGAUUUUGAGAUGGCUUCGUUUGAAAGAGAGAACCGGUGAAAGCAUGAACUCGGCCAGUUCUUGAACCCCCUCCCCGCCCCGCUGCUGAGCUUGAGCUCCAAGGAGCCCGGUUUCCUGGAGGAGGAAGAGAACACACGUUUCUGGGGGUGUAGAAAGGACCGAUGACAAUGCUCCCGAGCGUAGCGGAGAAGCAGGAAGGAGAUUCAACCUGUUAACAAACAAACAAAAAAAUUAUAAUAAUAAUCAAAGGGAAAAGACCCACUGGAAGGAGAAAACAAAUUAGAAAUAGUCCCAAAGUGGUCACAAAGCAUGGGCUGUGCUCCAAGCAUCCACAUCUCUGACAGCAGGGUGGUUUAUCACAGUAGCAAAGAGUCCGAGGAGUCCAAUUCCCCUCACCAGACCAACACAACCAUGUCUCAGCAACAGCAAGGCAACUCCGUCCCGGGAUUAUUCAUUAAAUCCUCCAACACAUCCACUUAUAAGGUGAGGACUAAUUCCUCUAAGAAAGACAAGAGGGAGAACAGCCAGAGCAUGGAGCCAGACACCCAGACCAGCAGAUCCAGCUUGAAGGCAGCAGUGACAGAUGUGCAGUUUGGCCCUAUGAGACUCCACCAAGAUCAACUUCAGGUACUUUUAGUGUUUGCCAAAGAAGAUAACCAGAGUAACGGGUUCUGUUGGGCCUGUGAGAAGGCUGGGUUUCGGUGUAACAUUGCCAGGACACCUGAAUCUGCGCUAGAAUGUUUUCUGGAUAAACAGCAUGAAAUUAUCAUUAUCGACCAUAGACAUUCCAGAUAUUUUGAUGCAGAAGCUCUAUGCAGGUCUAUCAGAACAACUAAAGCCUCAGAAAAUACAGUCAUAAUUGGUGUAGUACGAAGACAUAGUGAUCGGGAGGAGUCAUCAAUAUUGCCACUGAUUGCAGCAGGCUUCACAAGGAGAUAUGUAGAAAAUUCCAAUAUAAUGGCCUGUUACAAUGAGCUAAUUCAGCUGGAAUUUGGAGAAGUGCAGGCACAAUUUAAACUAAGGGCUUGUAAUUCAAUAUUUACAGCACUCGAGAAAAGUCAAGAAGCCAUUGAGAUCACAAGUGAAGAUCAUGUAAUACAGUAUGUAAAUCCUGCAUUUGAAACAGCGAUGGGCUAUCAAAUAGGUGAAUUAAUAGGAAAGGAAUUAACUGAAGUGCCUAUAAAUGAAAAAAAAGCCGAUUUCCUAGAUACUAUUAAUUCCUGCAUAAAGAUAGGAAAGGAAUGGCAAGGAAUGUAUUACACCAAAAAGAAAAAUGGAGAUAGCAUACAACAAAAUGUGAAGAUAAUACCUGUCAUCGGACAGGGAGGAAAGAUUAGACACUAUGUGUCAAUUAGUAGACUCUGCAAUGACAACAAUAAGGCAGAAAGAAUAUGUGAACGUGUUCAGGCUGAAUCUCAGACAGAUAUUCAGACUUGCCGACACAAAGAUAGGAGGAAAGGAUCGCUUGAUGUCAGAUCCACAACCUCACGAGGAAGUGAUGGCAGUUCACAGAGGCGACACUCCUCCAUGGCCAGGAUACAUUCCAUGACUAUUGAAGCACCCAUCACCAAGGUAAUAAAUAUUAUCAAUGCUGCACAAGAAAGCAGUCCCAUGCCUGUCGCAGAAGCUUUAGAUCGAGUGUUGGAGAUUCUAAGAACUACUGAGUUAUACUCUCCACAACUUGGGACAAAAGAUGAAGAUCCACAUACAAGUGAUCUCGUUGGAGGAUUAAUGACAGUCAUUAAAGAGCUCCUGCCUUUGGUUUAUCUUGGUCUCAAAAUGUUUGCUCGCUUUGGAAUCUGUGAAUUCCUAAACUGUUCAGAAUCAACUCUGAGGUCGUGGUUACAAAUUAUUGAAGCCAACUACCAUUCCUCCAACUCCUAUCAUAAUUCUACUCAUUCUGCAGAUGUCCUGCAUGCCACUGCCUAUUUCUUAUCCAAAGAAAGGGUAAAGCAAACUCUGGAUCCAAUUGAUGAGGUUGCUGCUCUCAUUGCUGCCACUGUCCAUGAUGUGGAUCACCCAGGAAGAACAAACUCCUUCCUGUGCAAUGCGGGGAGUGAACUAGCGAUCCUGUACAAUGACACCGCGGUGCUAGAGAGCCAUCAUGCGGCGCUGGCUUUCCAGCUCACCACACAGGAUGAUAAAUGCAAUAUCUUUAAAAACAUGGAGAGGAAUGAAUAUCGAACCCUUCGUCAAGCCAUUAUUGACAUGGUCCUAGCAACAGAAAUGACAAAGCACUUUGAGCAUGUCAACAAAUUUGUCAACAGCAUUAAUAAACCCUUGGCAGCACUAGAAGAAAAUGGGAGUAAUAAUGGUGAUGGAGAUUCAGUCAAAAACGUUCUCACGUCUCCUGAAAAUCGCAUACUUAUCAAACGUAUGUUGAUAAAGUGCGCUGACAUUUCCAAUCCAUGCAGACCCCUAGAGCAGUGCAUUGAAUGGGCCGGUCGCAUCUCUGAGGAGUACUUUGCACAGACUGAUGAAGAAAAGAGACAGAGUUUACCUGUGGUGAUGCCAGUUUUUGACAGACAUACUUGUAGCAUCCCCAAAUCCCAAAUAUCCUUCAUAGAUUACUUCAUCACGGAUAUGUUUGAUGCAUGGGAUGCAUUUGCAGACCUACCAAAUUUGAUGCAGCAUCUGGACAAUAACUUUAAAUAUUGGAAAGGUCUCGAUGACAAGAAGCUACGGAGCCUUCGACCACCACCUGAAUAGCAAUUAGGCCACAGUGUGUAACUUACCUGUCCAGAUGCAUAUUUACUCAAGCUCACUUUUGUUCAUGUGAUUUCAAAUUAGUUUUGAUCCCUUCAGUAUUACAGUAAGGCUAACCCAUGUGCUUGUGAACCUUUCACAUUCAAGACAACAUGAGGUCAGCAGCUGACUCCUGCAAACUGCCGUGUAUGGACUCAAAUGAAGUGAACUUAUCAGCUGAAUUACACUGGAUUGCUGCAGUACCUGUACUGAAGAGGGUCUAUUCGUGAACAUAUUUUUGCAUUAUCUUCAUACCAGUAUGUGAAGCUUGAAGAUAUCCUCACGAAAAGGGGUGUCCUAUAGAAGAUUUUGCUUAGUCCUCAAAUCUGCAAGUGAAGGAGGAGUAUCUGUUAAUAGUGACUCACAGCUUUUAUGAGAAAGCUCCUUGCUUUUUAUAAGCACUUAAGAACAGUUACAUUUACCAGUCGGACAUUUAAAAUGCAACUCUUCAUGAAAGAGUUUUUGAUCUAUGAAAAAUAGAUGUACUCUAUUUUUUCACAUCACAGAAGGUGCAAUCAUUCACUUCUGAGCACUACUGAAAGUGAGUUCUCUUAAAGAAAUUUAGUAGCAAAUGUAAAAAAUAACACAAGAAUUUUUGAAGUUGAUCGUUAGCAUCUAUUAUUAAAAUAUGUUUUAUUUAUUUUGUUAGAUGUUCAAUAUUUUCUAUGAAUUUAUAAAUACUUAAAAGCCAAAGCCAACUUUAGAUGCAUUACAAAUUUACAUGAUUCAUACUCAUCAAUAUACAUUUAAUUGAUGUACAGACCUUUUAUUUUCAUAAUGCAAAUACAAAAUACUAUACAAUGACACAUUUUUAUUGCACUGUAAGGAUAGAUGUGUAUGUUUAAAUAUUGUCUGAUUUUAUGUUAAUUAAAAUAAGUUUUAUUAAAAGGUCUCACUGGAGAGUAGUAAAAUAAACAAGAAAUGCAUACUGUAUAAGCACCAGAACUCCAGCAGUUCUCUCUCACUCCCUACUGGUGACCACAAGAUCGUCCCAAGGUUGCUACUCUUGGUAAAAAAUAAUAAUAAUAAUAACUUGGGAUGUUCAUUUUUUUCUUCCCUGUAAUUUUAUAAUUAAAUUCCCUAUCAAAAGUCUGCCUUAUUUUAUACAGUAUUUCUACAAAGCAUUCCACAGCAUAGAUGAGGGGGGUAAAACAAAAUAUUUAAUGAAUUUCAACAUUUUAUAGCCAAUGUAUUUUCCUCUUCAGUGGAAAAAAAAAGAAAAUCUUUAACUCCAGAAGUUUGUAAAGGUUGUAUACCUUCACCAUUUGAAUGAAACAUUCACAGCAAACACCAGAAAAUAAUAAAAUGUAUAUUUUAAGAAGUGUCAAAGUUCUAGCAAUUUUAUUUGAAACAUUUUCUUUUUCUUUUUUUUUUUUU